AUAUUGGAAAGGAAAAAUCGGAGACCCCAAACCAAAACCCUAAACCCCGUUUUUAUCGACACGCCUAUAUAAUGACAACCCUAAACCCUUGAAGAUCAUCUCUUUCUCAUUCUCUCUUCUUUGUAGCCACCCCGUAGAGAGACAGUCUCAUCUUCAGCAACUUUUUCUUUUGAAAACCAAAAUAUCACAAAUUGGUUUUACAACAUGUCGAACCCCAAGGUCUUCUUUGACAUCCUUAUUGGAAAGAUGAAGGCUGGCCGAGUUGUAAUGGAAUUGUUUGCCGAUGUUACGCCAAAAACCGCUGAAAACUUCCGAGCUCUAUGCACCGGAGAAAAAGGUCUUGGGGUAUCAGGGAAGGCGCUGCAUUACAAAGGCUCAGCCUUUCACAGGAUCAUCCCAAACUUCAUGUGUCAAGGUGGGGACUUUACCAGAGGUAAUGGGACCGGUGGAGAGUCAAUUUAUGGUAUGAAGUUUGAGGAUGAGAACUUCAAGUUGAAGCACACUGGCCCUGGAAUUCUUUCAAUGGCUAAUUCGGGAAGAAACACCAAUGGCUCUCAGUUCUUUAUAUGCACUGACAAGACCGACUGGCUUGAUGGGAAACAUGUUGUUUUUGGGAAAGUUGUUGAUGGAUAUGGCAUAGUCAAAGAAAUGGAGAAGGUUGGUUCAGGUAGUGGAAUGACUUCUCAACCUGUUAUCAUUGAAGAUUGUGGACAGUUGACUGAGAACUAAUCUUGUAGAAAUUGUUAGAUUAAGAUUCCAAGCAACUUGUAUUGUUUUUUGUUGCUUUUGCUUGAGGCCUCUCGGGGAAAUAAUUUAUGUACUAAAUGCUAAUGCAAAGCCUGAAUUACAGGCUGGGGGUACUCCAAUCUCUUAAUAUUUGACUCUGUAUAUUUUAUGCUUUGAUGAUACUAAAAUAAAAUUUCUUUAUUCAUGAAA